AUGCUCAAGAACUCAGCCGCGGCCAUCUGCUCAUCCACGUGCUCGGUGCCUUGCAGUCCAUGCCCAUCACCUGGUGCCUCGACACCACGAUUCCGCGCAAGAUUCCCGCCGGCACGACGCUUCCAACACCGUUCGCUGCCGAAACACCGGACAUCUGAGCCUUCCAGAUGCUACGCAACGAGGCCGCCGAAACCCGAUGACGCAGAUCCACCAUCGUGGCCGAGGUCGCCACACCCAACUCCAUACGAGAUAUUCGGCAUGCAGCGCGGCGCUCCGUACACAAAGCGGCGGUUCUACCAGCUCGUGAAGCUCUAUCACCCCGACACACGCGACGCGGACUCCCUGCCCGCCCCCUCGCAACAGCUCUCACACGCAGCCCGCCUCGAGAGAUACCACCUCGUCGUGGCGGCCAACGACCUCCUAAGCGACCCGAGCAAACGCCGCCUGUACGACCACCACGGCAUCGGCUGGACCGGCGGCCAGCGUGUUCCGGACCUCCGAGAAGCCGACAGGACAUGGCGACACCAGCCGGGGAAUGCCUCGCGCAAUGCCACCUGGGAGGACUGGGAACAGUGGCGCAACGAGCGCAACGGCAAGCCCAGCGAGCCCGUGUACAUGAGCAACGGGACCUUUGCCGCGCUCGUAGUGUGCAUGUGCAUGAUUGGGGCUCUGGCGCAAAUGAGCCGCGCCGAAGCCGCCGGCGAGCAGCACGUCGACUUUGCCCAGCAGAAGGACUGGGCCAUCGGGCAGAAGAUGCGUGAGAGCACCAUGGCGUCGGCGGGCAGGACAAAGGACGAGAGGGUCGACACCUUCUUGCGAGACAGGGAGAAUGUCUCCUUUGACUUUCGACCGGGGAAAUAUGACGCCCCUCCUUCGCGGGGAAGUAGAGAAGGAUGA